GAGCAGUGGCGGAAGGUGAAUAACAAGAGUGAGCCGGAUGAGUUCCGGGUCACCAUACGUGUGAUCCCCAUCAUCAUCGCCCAUGGGAUUUGGUCCUCCCUCGUCGUAGCUUUGCAUCUCCUCACUGGCUGGCGAAUGAACAACCCUUCGAUCAUCCACCCGCUCUUGGUUGGAGUCCUCGGCCUGCUCCUGGCCUUCCGCACCAACCAGGCCUACGAACGCCAUUGGAGCUGUGCCAAGCAGCUCACGGAGAUGUGUCGGGUGCUGCAGACCAUGCUCAGGUAUGCAUCCCAUCUUUCCCGAGAUGACUGGGACAUCUACUCCUGCAUCGUGCGGCAUCUAAUCGCCUUCCCCAUCGCCCUGAAACAGCACCUCAAACGGAGCCGCGACCCGGAGGAGUAUGGGAAAGUCUUGGAGGACUCCGAGUUUGACGGCAUCUGUCGGACCGGACGCCCGCACACGCUGCUCCUCUCCAGCCUGUCCAUGCUGAUCCGGCCUUUGCGCCAUCGUGACGACGGCCUGGGCAAGAGCCUCGCGCUCUGGAAUCAGAUGGACAACUGCAUUAGCCAGCUGCAGAGCAUUUCCUGCAAUCUGGAUCUCAUCGUGCAGCAGCCACUGCCAGCCAGCUACACCAUCCACGCAGAUCGUUUCAUCCGCCUUUGGGUCGGCACACUGCCGUUCGUUCUGCUGGAUGUCAUGAGACCCGCUCUGGUGGUGCCCGCAGUGCUGAUCGUUGCCUGGGCCUUGUACUACACCGAGGAGCUGGCGGAAAUUAUGGAGGAGCCCUUUGGCGACGAGACCUCAGGAAAGCCAGAAACCAUCAAGCUGGAUGUCUUCUGCCGGCGGAUUAUCUUCGCCUUGAAGCAGCAGGUCUGGGCACAGGAGACUUUAGACAGCCGUGUGAACAGCGGCGAUUGGGUGAUUACUCCAGAAGAUCUGCCCCCAGUGGCAAACAUGGAAGUGGAAGAGGACGAUGACCUCGUCAAACUGCGGGAUGCGCUGGACAUUGACUGA